ACUCAUUUUAUCAAAGCAAUUUGUAUUGGAUUUAUUUAUUAAUUUUUGUUUUCUUGGUAAAAAGAAUAAUUAUAGCUAAGAUAUGAAUGAAUCAAAUAAAAUUUUUGUAUUAAAUUCAUUAAACCAAACUACUAAACCAUUGUUUAUUUUAAACAAUAUAAAGUCAUCGAAUAAAGUUCUUUUGCCUUCUUUAUUCAAAAUACGACAUUUCUUUUUGCGAUCAAAUAAUAAAACUGAAAAUGAUUAUAAUGAAACUUAUGAAAUAUCAUUAUGGCCAUGUUUACGACAAUUUUCACCGAAUUCUAUUUCUCAUGUUGGACAAUUUUAUCCUGUUGAUGAGGGUAAUUCAAUGUAUACAAUUGAUCCAACAAACAAUCAUAUACAUCUUUUUCGUCCUGAUUCAAAUAAAAUAUUUAUCGGUUCGAUUCCUGAUAAAAUUAUUCAUUUGUAUUCACAAUCAUCUGAUUAUCUUUAUAUAUUGGACAAAAAUUAUCGACUAUAUUUCUAUCCAGCUAAUGAUGACCCAAAUUCUCAAAUAAAAAUCAUUAUGGAUGGUAUUGUAAAAUUUCGUUCAAAUGGUAAACAAUGUUUGGGUUUGGAUUGCGAAGGUGAUUUGCUUGUAUGGUAUAUGGCUUUUAGCAAAAAUCAAUCUGGAGAUAAUUCCGUCGAAUUUCUACCAUGGAAAUUUCAAUCAUUCAAUGAAAUUUUUGGUGAACAUUCAGUUGUCUUGGACUUUGAUUGCGGAAAAUCCAAUGGCAUUUUACUAUCAUGCUCAUCAGAUUAUCAUUCUCAAGCUAUUCACGUUUGGAGACGAUUAACGGAAAAUGGUGAUGUUGAUUUUCUCCAAAAAAUACUUAUCUCAGACAAGCAAUUUUUCUGGAAUGUUACUGCCGGUUUCGAUACGUUUAUAUUGAUGCGCGAAAGCAUCCUUCAUGUUUAUAAAAGUCAAUUCGAUGUAUUCAACGAUCAACCUGUGAUGAUAACCGGAGUACCAAAAAUCAAUGCUUGUUACAGCAUUCCAUCAACUGAUAUCUAUGUUUUAAUUUCGAAUUCAUCAUGGUAUAUUUAUAAUCUACAAACAGGACAAAAAAUUCGAACAUUAUUACGAUCAUUACCCGAUUUAUAUACAUUUUAUGGUCGUUAUCCAUCAUCACCACCAUCAUUUUGUAUUAUUAAUCGACAAAUUUGUUUACAAGAAAUUUUACCAUUACGAUUAUUCAAUGAUCCAUCAAGUAAUGAUUUCAAGAUUCAAAUACCAAUGGAUAGAUAUACAACACGAACAAUUUAUUUAACAAAAUCCAAAUUAAAUUGUUGGAAAAUCUAUUUCAACACCUUGUUCCAACAACAUCCGAAUUUGAAUGAAACAUCAGAUCUAUUAUUCAACAUUGGUUAUAUUGAACAUUUUUAUUAUUAUAAAUCGAUUUUUAUUAAACGAUUACCUCCGUUCAUCGAACAAGAUGAACAUAUUUGUGAAGGUAUUCGAAUACUUAACGCUAAACAUAAUAUACCAUAUACUUUUCAUUUAAAUCAAAUUUAAUUGAAUAUAUUUUCAAUAUAAACAUUGCUAUUGAAUAAUUAAAUUUUUUUUUUGUUUCA